AUGAGUGCUAGAAAGCUUCAACAGGAGUUUGAUAAGACAAACAAGAAGGUAGCUGAAGGGCUAUCCCUUUUCGAUGAUAUAUACGAAAAAUUGAUGACAACUGAGAUAAGCUCUCAGAAAGAGAAACUCGAAAGUGAUUUAAAGAAAGAAAUUAAGAAAUUGCAAAGAUCAAGAGACCUGUUGAAGACAUGGCUAAGUGAUGGCAGUAUAAAAUUAGAUAAGUCUCUUUUGCAAGAUAACAGAACUAAGAUCGAACAUGCUAUGGAUCUCUUUAAAGACUUGGAGAAAUCUUCCAAAAUAAAGCAAUUCUCCAACGAAGGUUUAGAACUUCAGAGUCAAAGAACCAAGCUGAACAAAUUCAAUGAUCCUGAAGACGCCAAAAAACACGAAGCGAGCUCGUAUGUAGGCGACAUCAUUGAUCAAAUAAAUCAACAGAAUGAGAGUCUUGAGCUGGAAUUACAUCAACUUGCACUUCAGUUGAAAAAAUCGAAAUCCUCAAAUUCUUAUUCAAUUCAAGCUUCUAUUGAUGAUUCCAAAUAUAAAGUCGAAAGGAAUAAUAGCCACUUAACAAAGUUGGAGAGGAUCUUGAGAAAUUUAGAGAAUGAAAAGUUGGAUCCGGAAAGAAUUGAAGAUAUCAAAGAUGAUCUAGAAUACUAUGUUGAAAACAACCAGGAUGAUGAUUAUGUGGAAUAUGACGAGUUUUAUGAUCAAUUAGAUAUAAACGAUGACAAUUUAGAUGUACAAGGUACUCUACUGCAUGCAACAAGAGAACUGUCUGUCGAUCCGGAAGUAAGAACUGAAGAAACUAAAGAAAAAUCAGACUUGCCACUAGGAACUCUGGAAACAGAGCCAGAGAAUGUUGAUGCAUUAAAAUCUGAACUGUUAAAAUCAGAGCAUGGGAACCUUGAGAGUGUUAAAUCGGAAGUACCUAAAAGUGAGCAAGCGAAAGCAACAAUAGCAAAGCCUGAGACUACUAGAGUAGAACCUAAACCUCUUGCUAGCACAAUUGCGACAUCUGGAAGUAAUACACCGGUAAAGAAGAAGAUUGUACCAGCCCCAAACCCUCCUCCAUUGACAAAUGCUAACUCGUAUUCGACUAUUAUCAAGGCUGCACAAGCUGCUGUACCAUCUGGCGGAGCAGAGGUCAAUAAUUCUGUUGGGACGACUCCUGUAAAAGCUCUCCCGCCUGGACUUAAUCAAUCCAUAAGAUCUAGGACUGUUUCACCGCAAGUUUCAACUCUGGUACUUGACACAACAACAGAUGGUAGGUUCGCUCAACAAACGGUGCUGCCAAAGAUUUCGGGAGAUGAGAAUUUGUUCGACAUAAUUCCGAAGAUGUCAAAUAUUUUAUCAUCAAGGUUGCAAAAUCCUAUCUCCUUUCCAUCCAUUGGCCAUUUUUUAGAAUCAUCAUUGCUUAAUUGUCCAGAUUCUUUCGACGCAGAAGUUCCGCGACAAUAUCAACCGUUGAACAUCCACCCGUCUUCAAUAGACUAUCCACAGGAGCCGAUGUAUGAAUUAAAUUCCAGUCAUGUAAUGAAAAAGUUUGAUAACGAUACCUUGUUCUUUUGUUUUUAUUAUUGUGACAAUACUGGUUCUUUGGCGAAGUGGAAUGCAGCAAAAGAAUUGUCGAGCAGAGGUUGGAUUUUCAAUACUGAAACCAGCCAAUGGUUUUCCAAGGAUCAAAAGAAUGCAUCAAAGAAUAAACCGUUUGCUGCGUCUCUUAACGGUUCCAAUCAGACUAAUGAUUCUGAUAGCGACAAAGACAACUACAAGUACUUUGAUUACGAAAAAACUUGGUUGAUCCGAAGGAAGGAGAAUUAUGUAUUCGAGAAAGAAUUGAGAGAGUCAUUCGUAUGA